AUGCAUAGGCCAUCGUCGGAGCCAAUAUCACAAGGUAAGAGAAAGGUGGGAAGAAGCCGCCGGGUUGCCAGCACCAGCACCUGCAGCAGGAGGGAUGUCCUCCCUUCCAGCUCAGGCUUGUCCAGGGAGCCCACUGCUGCACCCUCCACCACUCUGUCCACCCAGCAUGGACACAACAGGCCGGAGAGUGACCGCAGACAGUGGCCAACCCAGGGCCCACCAUCACCUGCACCAGCUGCAGCCCCCACUGGCAAAAGCAGGAGAAAGAGGGACUACAGCACACUGGGGAAGAAAAUGACUCCGCCAUCUUCGGGCACCCCAAACCUGGGCAACAUGGCCUCAGGUGUUGGUAGCUCCGAGCGUCCUUCGGAGCACGGAGGUCACAGCAAAGUGUCCAAGUGUCCAAGAGCAGGAGGUGUUUGUGAUUUCUGGGAGGGGCCAUCUUCCAUUGACCAGAAAUCCACGUCAGGGACAGCACCACUGCAAAUAUGCCAGGUCAGCGGUUCGGACAAGGCAGAGGCCAGCAAAACACCUAAAGCCACACAAAAGAGGAAGAUGGGUUCCUCGGUCAAGGGGAAAUCUAGCGAGAACACCAGCACAUCUACGCUGAAAAAGAGACGUUCUUCUGAGCCUGCCACGGAAAAGACACCAAGAGAGCCCUUCGACCCAUCCCUCCUUCAAGUGACCUUUGAAUCACGCUACACAGUUGGAGAACUGCUCGGUAAAGGAGGGUUUGGACGUGUUUAUGCAGGAAUCAGAAAGUCUGAUGGAUUACCAGUUGCCAUUAAGCUGGUCGCCAGGACCCGUGCAUCUGAGUAUAUUACCAUGCCUGACAGCGGCGUGAGCCUCCCUCUGGAGGUGGCUCUCAUGACCAUCGUGUCCCAGCCCCCUGAGUGCCCCAACAUCGUCAACCUCCUGGAGUGGUUUGAGGGGCCCAUCUUCUUCAUUUUUGUCCUGGAGCGGCCCAUGCCCUGCAUGGAUCUAUUGAACUACUGCCAGAGACUCCCAUGUCGGCUCAGUGAGAACCAAGCGAAGCACAUCAUGCGUCAGGUGGUGCUUGCUGCGAAACACUGCCGUGACCGUGGUGUUCUGCAUCGUGACAUCAAGCCAGAGAACCUCUUGGUGAAAACUGACGAUGUGACUGUCAAACUGAUUGACUUUGGCUGUGGGGACCUCUUGACAAAGAGCCCCUAUAACACAUUUUCUGGCACAAAAGGAUAUAUCCCACCUGAGUGGUGGUUACAGAGAAGCUACCAGGGCCGGCCGGCCACCGUUUGGUCCUUGGGUGUGCUGCUCUACAACCUCCUCUGUGGCAAGCUGCCAUUUGUGGGCGAGGGCGAGAUUGUCUCUGGAGCCCUGCAGUUCAGCAGGGGACUAUCCGGUGAAUGCCGUAAUCUCAUUCACCUGUGUUUGAGGAAAGACCCAACCAAACGGCCAGUCCUGGAGGAAAUCCUCCAGCACAAGUGGUUCUCCACAGAGUAGGGUUAGGUUACAGCAUGGAGAGAGAGGAGGAACCUGUAAGACUGAUCGACAGUGAAUAUCAAUGUCACACACAACACAGAUGAAAAUCUUUUUUAUUGUUUUAUUUUGACCAGCUGUGUGUAUGAACGUGUAAUCUAAUAUCUUUUUCCACGAUUCCAUCAUUGACUGAUGAAUAAUAUCAUCUCCACAGGAACUGACAUUGGGGUCUAUUAGGUCCGCAAGUGUGCAGGGGCAUCUAGUCUCAGAAGGGUUGGUUGAUUGAGAUUGUGAGGUGUCUCACUGAGCUCUCCUAACCCUGCUGGGUUCAUAAUCCACCAUGAACCAUGAAGUUCCCCUGUAGACGGAGCAGGCAGCAUCUACCAACCCAUGGCCUGCUCUGGAGAACACCCCCCAUUAGAUGACCAGGUUCAGCAGGGCUGGUUGAAUGUCACUCUCCCAGCCUGGCUGUUGGCUGCACACCAAGCAUGCCUGAGUCCUACAAGUACCACGGACGGGGCCUGUUGUGGGAAGCACUUUUCAUUUCAGUAAAAGGGCUGUUCCAGAAAGGCAUUCUUCUGAGUCUACCGUUUUCCACCUCCAUCUCCACUGUACCAGCCAUCUCAUAUUAGC